AUGGCAGCAAUCUCGUCCGUCAAUGGUCUAUUCUUUAGGGUGACUUUUCUAUUCAGCCUUGCUUUCUUCUGUUUCAAAAAUGUGAACAGCGUACUGCAAAACUCAUACAUGCUGGUGUUCACUCAGGCCAUGAAUUUGCCAGGGCUGGCUAUAUCGCAAUACAGUGCCCAAUUGGGCCUAUUUGGUAUCCUGUUUUUAUUCGCAUCGAUUAGUGAUCUUAUUCCUCUGCUGGAGAAUAACAAGAAAUAUUUCCAUUCCAUCGUUCCUUUAAGGUUGACAAUCUUCUUUGCAUUGACAGCAUGCUCCUACUUAUGGGAAUCUAAUCUGUAUCUGCACAAUAACGCUGUUUUUACCUAUUGCUUCAUCGAGGUUUGGGUCAACUUCGUCAUUUUGGGUGCUUUGAGAGAAGAAAGAAAUGAAGAGCUUAAGAGCCAGAACCGCUAUUCCAACGAUGCAGCCAUGGAAGACGAACUUGAGGAUGAAAAUUCUAAUAUUGUUCUGACCAGCGCUCAAGAGAUUGAGCAAAUCGAGGAACUUCCGGGGGAUUCGAACAAUUGA